CUCCGACUCCAUAUAAUAUAAAAUAAUGACUAAUCGACUAUUAAAUUAGUCGUCAACAAUUCUAAUAGUCGAUUAGUCGACUAAUCGUGGCACCAAAAAUUGUUUCCCGUUUUAAACAGACUUCCUGCAUCUGAACUGAAAGCUCAGCCAGGAACAAAGCUGAGACCAAAGCUGGCUCCCUGUAUGGUUGCUAAUGGUAACAGUGUUUUUCAUGCAAUGGAAAUGUAAAGAAGCUUUCAUCGAGCGGCCGGAGGUUUUCAACCAUCGGGCUGAUAACUGCUGACUCUGAUUGCACAGCGUCCGAAUGUAAGCCAUGUGCUCAGCCCAGCGAGAAUCCCAACGCCCAGCUCAGUGUUCAGCCUCGUGCCGCCAGUGAGAGAGAGUCCUCCCCCUCUUUAUCUCCAACCUCCAUCUCUGAAGAUGUCUUCUUUGGUGAUCCCAACGAUGACCAGGACACGUCUUCAGUCGUCAGUGAUUAUGACCUUCCCUGCAUGGAGGGGGGCAGCAGCGUAGAAGACCUGCUGAACCUCAGCUUUUCUCUCAGAGGUUCUGAGUUCUUUAAGGAUCUGGAGGGAGACUCGAGCCCUGCAGCCGACCCGCGGGAGUCCGAGGACGCCGACAGCCCAGCGGUUAACAAACCCUCAGCGAGCUCUUUGACUACAGGCUUCUCACCAGUCAAUGCACCAUCAUUUCCUUCCUUUCAGCAACCUGCUCAAGAACUUCCCUUCAACUUUGUGGUGCCUCACUUCAUUCCUGACAGCAGCCUCACUGCGGCUGCUGCUCACCCAAGCUUAAAAACUGAUGUACCUCUGGAAAUAGAAGAAGCAGGACGGAAAAUAACACAAUUAGAAGAAAGGAAAGACCGACCAGCAAUGGAUUCAGACGGGGAGCUCGACCUGGACAGCUUUCCCAUCCUGGUCAGAUCCAUGUCAACAUCCCGGAGGCACAGCUGGGGUGUCCCUCUGUCACCCAUCAACUCUGGCAGGAGACUCAGUCUGGACACCAUGGCCAUAAACAGCGAUGAAGAAAGAGAGGAUGACGAGGAGCCGAUGCUCUUCCAGUCCACCCAGGAGCAGCCUGACAGCUGCUCGCCGUGUCCUGAAGAGGAGCGCCACGGCUGCAGCCCGGGGACCGCCUGUGUGGCGGGCAGGCAGCUGUAUUCCCGCUCAGACAUCCUCGCCACGGAUGACUCUUCACGCACGGCGCAUAUUUCCCGUGUUGUUCGGGGUUCCAAACAGGCCGCCAGGGCAGCGGGAGUGUCAGAGGAGUGUGACCCUGAAGAAAACCUGCAGUCCAGUGAAGGACAGAGUCACAUAGCGAAACACAGGAGCAACAAAGCAGACAGCAAAGUGUCAGGAAAUGUCACUUGGUAUGAGUUUCUCGAGAAUGAAGAAGAGGAGGACCGUCCGGAGAAGACGGAGAAAGGCACUAAGGUGAAGAGGAAACUCAGCUCCCUGAGGAACCGGAUGGCUGGCUCCUUCAACAAAGAUAAGGGUAAGAACCGAGAAAAGGAGCAUCAGAGAGCGAAGGAGAGGGACAGGGAGGUGAAGGAGAAAGUGCGCAGCAGCAACGGGCAUGUGUUGAUGACGGGCUCCUUCUCCAGUUGUGCCACCUGCUCGCUGUGCAGCAAAACCCUGCAGAAAAAGCAUGGCCUGCAGUGCAUGAAUUGUGCCGUGAACGUUCACAAGAACUGCAAGUCCCUGCUGGGUGAGUGCACCAGCAGCAAGUCCAAGAAAGAUUCUGGUCUAAAAGCUGGUUUGUCAGGAUCUCCUCGACUUGCACUAAGAGACCGGGACAGGGAGAAGGAUCAGGCAGGACCGGGCGCGUCUCAGGCUCUGGAUGGCCACCGCGGUUUUCCCGGUGCCCCAGGCAUGACCGUUGGUCUGUUGGGACCUAGCUCUCAGCUGUCGGCUGUGCAGUUCUCUUGCUCCUCCAGCUCCUCCACCUGCAGCCUCCCGCAGCACGCCAACUCAGGAUCCCUGUCCGGGGAGAUGGAUGAAACCGAUGCUUUCCGCAUCAAACGCUGCAAUGAAGACGUCAUUUCUCUCGCUCCUUCAACCACAGAGUCCAUCUUUGACGAAGAUGCUCACUUUGCAGCGGUGCGCGCCGACUUAGAGCUGGAUGCUCAGGACCUGGAGGCGGAGUCAUGGAGCUCGGCGGUUGACCAGCAGUAUCUAAAGAAGCACUCAAAAGACACCGUUAAGAGGCAGGAUGUCAUUUAUGAGCUGAUGCAGACGGAGAUGCACCAUGUCCGAACACUGAAGAUAAUGCUGCGCGUGUACGUCAGAGAGCUGAGGGAGAACCUCCAGAUGGACUCCAGCAGACUGGACUGUCUGUUCCCACGCUUGGAAAACCUCCUCGACCUUCACGCACGUUUCCUGUCGCGCCUCAAGGAGCGGCGGAGGGAAAACCUCGUGUCUCCUAGCAACAAGAACUACGUGAUUAACAGAGUGGCCGACAUCCUGAUCACACAGUUCUCUGGAGAAGUUGGGGAGAAGAUGAAGGACAGUUAUGGAGACUUCUGCAGUCACCACACUGAAGCAGUCGGCUACUAUAAGGAUCAGCUGCAAAACAACAGACGGUUUCAAAAUACUAUACGGAAAAUCAGCAAUCUGUCCAUCGUGAGACGGUUAGGUGUAACCGAGUGCAUUCUGUUGGUGACGCAGAGGAUUACGAAGUACCCAGUACUGGUGGAGCGCAUUCUACAGUACACUGAAGGGGGUACAGAAGAGCAUGAAGACUUGACUCGAGCUCUGGGUCUUAUCAAAGACGCCAUCGUGCAAGUGGACUCGAUGGUUAACCUUUAUGAAAAAAAUUCUCGACUCCGAGAUAUUCACAACAAGAUAGAGCCAAAGGCGCUGGGGAAAAUCAAGGGGGGGCGGGUGUUCCGCAGGGAGGACCUCGCCGUGGGAAGGCGGCGGCUGCUUCACGAGGGCACGGUCAGCUGGAAAGCCGCCUCCGGGAGACUCAAAGACAUUCUGGCCGUUCUUCUGUCAGAUGUGCUGCUUUUACUGCAAGAAAAGGAUCAGAGAUACGUUUUUGCCACAGUGGACAACAAACCUUCAGUGAUUUCCCUCCAAAAGCUGAUCGUCAGAGAAGUCGCCCAUGAAGAGAAAGCCAUGUUUCUCAUCUGUGCCUCCUCCAACGAGCCGGAGAUGUACGAGAUCCACACAACGUCUAAAGAGGAGCGAAACUCCUGGAUAACGUUCAUCCGACAGGCUGUAGAGAGCUGUCCUCACACAGAGGAGAGGCUGUUCAGUGAGGAGGAGGAAGCUCGAGCUUCCAGGCUGAAGGAGUUUCAAGAGCGGCUGAGCCAGAAGGAUGCCGUGAUCGUCCAGGCUCUGACCGAGAAGCUGCAGCUGUUUGUGGAGAUGUCCGAGUCUGUGUCCGGUCUGGAGGAUUCUGCGUUACGGUCCAGACUGCUGCUCCGAGGAGAUACCUCCGAUCUCCAGCAGGGGGAGGCGUUGCUCAAAGCAGCCAUCACUGAGGUGGAGAACCUGCAGAACCUCCUUCAGUCGGAGAAGAGAGAGGAGGCUCAACCGCCACGUACAGAGGAAGGAGGCGGCUCUGGGCUCCUCCCCAGGCGAGCAGACACCUUUGGAGGUUAUGACAGCAUCUCCUCCAUUCAAAAUGGCAUCGUGAAGAAGAACUCUCCCGGAGAGUCCAGAUGCAGAGACAGGAGCCAGAGAGCCAGCUCCGACCCUCAGCUCAAAGAGAUCUGUGGGAAACACAGCCUGCAGCAGACAGUGGAGGAGAGCCGCGCUUCUCCUGCGAGACGGAGCUGGAUGUGGUCAAAGGCCUUCCCGAAGACAGAACUUAUUGGCAGCGUGUUGAUGCUCUCCCAGAGCCUUUAUAGUCUGCAGGCCAUCAUAUCCCAGCAGGACAGUCACAUCGAGCUCCAGAGGGCCUCCCUGACGGAGCGGGCCUCCAUGCCCAACCGCCACCGAGGAAACGUGCUGCUGGAGCAGGAGAAACAGCGGACGCUGGCCCUGCAGAGAGAGGAGCUCGCCACCCUGCAUAAGCUGCAGUCUCAGCACCGGCAGGAGCAGCAGCGCUGGGAGAAGGAGAGGGAGAGGCACCGGCAGCAGGUGGAGGCCACCGAGGCCCGGCUGCUGCAGAGGGAGGAGGAGUGCAGGCGGCUGGAGGAGCAUCUCGCGAAAGAGAAGGAGGAGCUGGACCGACAGAGGGAGACGUACCAGCAGGAUCUGGAGAGGCUGAGAGAGUCCACCAGAACCGUGGAGAAAGAACGGGAACGUCUGGAGAACCUGAGGAAGACCAAGAGAAAGACGAUUGAGGUGGCUCCUCUGUCCGGCUCUCUGAACGGCGAGCUCCUGUCCAGCCUCUCCAGCUCCUCCAUCGACUCGCAGAUCUCCCACAAGCCCUUGGUGCGCGGCAGCCUGUCGGUCGCUCCCGCCGACUACGCGGAGCGGCCCGAGGUGACAGUGCGGCGGGAGGCCGGCUCCUCUGGCCUCCCCCUGAAGACGGAAGUGCCGCUCCACCUCUUCAGCACCACCAACCAGCUGCACAAAGCGGUCGGCGUGCAGCAGCAGAUCCCCACCAAACUGGCGGCAAUCAACAGCGGCAAAGGAAAAGGUGGCAAGACCGGGAAAGCAACGCAUCGCACAGACAGCUCCUCCUCAGCGGACAUGAAGCAGAUGCUUCCUCUGAAACUAUCUGCCCGGGAGGAGAGCGCGGUGAAGGCCAAGCGCUCCAUCAGCCCCCACCAGCCGCUCGCCACGCAUCACCACACAGAUCCGUCGAUGCCCGCAGACGGCAGCGGCGUGGACCCCCCGCCCGCCUCCUACCCUCCGAACCUGCAGAAGCAUCUCGCACACUCUCAGCCCUCCAUGCACGCCGCCGCCGUGACCUCACAGAGCUCCGGGUCUCUCCAGUUCCAGCCGUCCGUGCAGCUGCAGAACUUCAACCCAAACGCGCCGGGAGCCGCCCCGCUUCCCGGGCUGGGCCACGCCGCCCCCCCACCCUACGCAGUCGCCACAGAGGAGCUGAGCAAGGAGGAUGUCAUCUUCUUUUAAAGUGAAGCACUCGGCCUCCUCAGAGGUGACGCCGUUCGUACUCAAACACUGCCGAUCCAAUAAUACUAAUUUAUUCUCUGAUCAAACCUAAAUGCAUUUGGAAGAAAAUAGAAGCACUUUUAGUGUUUGAGAGAAAAAAAAAUGAAGGUUUCUAAAUGAAGGGGAUGUGACUGAAGCGGAGCAUCAUGGGAGAAUUGUUUUUCUGAAGACGGUCAGCGAAGCGGAGAAAAAAGUGCUGAAUCUGGAACAAGAAUAAAUAUUUCAGCAGAAGGGAUCCAGCUAUGCCUAACGUUUGCACACGGUGACAGACUCCAUCCAGAGGGACGGAGGGAAACAUCCUAAAGCUACAUUUCAUUUGCUUGUUAGAAAAAGGAUGUUUUUUAUUUUGUAUUUUUUUCUAUAACAUUUUCUUAUUCAUGAGUUUGUUCUGUUUUAUUGCUUUUAUAAAUUGUGACCAAAAUCUGCAUAUUUGUCACUGUAGUCGCUGGAGAAAACGAUGAUGAAGAGCUUUGAGUUUGUCUCACCCCCCAGAAAAAAGACUCCAUGAAGCCAUAUAUACAUAAUGAAGUUGUGUUGACGUUACUUUGUGUUCAGGUUCGUCUCAAAUCCACAACAAACAGUCAACAAUUUGACAAAACUAACAGACGAAUGGAUGUUUUUCUUAAAGUUAUCAUCACUGGAUUUCUUAUUUAAUAUAAAAGGUUUUUAAUUUUUAUGCUUCAGAAAAAAAGUCAUUUUUUAAUUUAAAAAUAGGUUAAUUUUUCCAGCUUAAAUGAUGUUUUUGUGUUGGAAAAAAGCUAAAACCAUUAAAGCUUGUUUUAAUGCUGUACAUACUGGAUCUUAACUUCUUAAAAUAUUUUCCACUCGAAUGGACGUGUAAGUGGAGCGGAGAGUUUUAAAGCCACAGCUCUGUGUGUUUAGGCAGAACACUCCAAACCGUAGUUUUGUAAAUGAAGCGACUUGAUGUUUCAGAGCGAGGAGGCGCUCGGCUCGCUCGGCUCGCUCUGAUGAUCUCUGCGCUCUGACAGGAAGGAGAAAAAAACUCUGAUUCAGGGAGUCUCUUCAUAACACGCUGAGCUCAAACUGCAUCCAGGCGGAAGUUUUGCUGGGUAGCAGAACAGGAUGUAACGAUUUAAUUCACACUUUUCUCAAUAAUUCAAUACAAAUAAACGAUAACACAUAAAAUGAUCACAAAUCCUUUAAUACUCGGCUCAUGUUGCAACAUAUUCAGCUUGUAGAGAAAAUAGACGGGAGAGCCAAAGAGAGUUCAUAAAAAAAGAGCAUGGCUCCCGGGAAGGAGUCACUUGGGUGAGCGACAAAUCUCGGAUUUUGCUUGCAUUUGCGUUAAUAAAAUUUAGUAAACUUUUAAAUCCGAAGGAACUGUGAGAGUUUCUCAGGAGGGAAGCGCAGUUACCUGCACACUAACAACUAGCCCGCAUGGAGAAAUGUCAUCAGCUCUGCAUUUCUCAUUUUAGGCCAAUGAAAAUUUUGACGAGUUUGAAUCCGAUUUUUACCGAAGAAUCGUUCCAUCCUUAGUAGCGGAUGUGAGGCGACUCCUCCUUUGAUGACCAUAUCACCAAUGCUGACUGAAGUUGUGGUGGAGACUUUAAGAAUGUCAAUAAUCAAACAUCACAGAUGCUGGAUUUUAAAUGUAAAGUUGUAAGAGCUUCAGUUCUUCUCUGAUCUUCUGGUGGACUGAAAGUCUGUUUGUUCUGUGGUGUCAUUCAGAAAGUCAAACCACUGUGUGCACGAAGGCAAACAUUGCAGUUCCUCUUUCACGGACGCUGGCACCGCUUGUUGGACCUGUUAAAUGUAAAUAAUCCUCAUGAACGAAUUUUAUUUUCUCAGCCAAUUUUUUACACUAGUCACUUUGGAUUGUAGCAUACUUGAACAGGAAAAUGAAUGUUAAUAAUAAUAAUGACUAUUUUUAUUCUUAUUAUUUUCUGUAAACUUUUUAGUUGCCAAGAUGUCGGAUGUAUCAGUAGCGCACAGCUUAACCUGUUUUGUACAACUUUUGUUCACGGCGCCACAUUAGAGAAACGAACUGCUGCCUAAGAAAUAUUUAGUAAUAAAAAAGUCUUCAAAAGA